AUGAUAUUGAUCUUAAUCAUGUUAGCAACAGGCUUCUGUAAUUUUUUAGGGAAAGUCAAUAAAGUAGAUUCAGAUAAUUUAAGAGUAUUUUUAUUUCCUCAUUCACAUGAUGAUGUAGGAUGGGUAAAAACAAUGAUGGAAUACUAUAAUGAUAAACAUGGAGUUAAAUAAAUUAUUUCAUCUUAUAUGGAAUAAUUAAUAAAAGAUAAGAAUAAGCAUUUUUCAUAAGUAGAAAUAGCGUUCUUUUCAAUGUAAAUAUUAUAAAUUGAUACAAAAUAGAUGGUGGAAUGAAUAAAAUGAUGUAAUGAAAGAAAAAGUAAAAGAAUUAGUAAAGAAUGAAUAAUUAGAAUUUUUAAGUGGAGGAUGGUGUAUGAAUGAUGAAGCAACAGCAUAUUAUGAAGAUAUAAUAGAUUAGAUGACACUUGGACAUAAAUUCUUACUUAAACAUUUUAAUUACAUUCCAUCAAUAGGUUGGUAGGUAGAUCCAUUUGGACAUUCUAAUACAUAAGCUUUAUUUUCCAAUAUGAUGGGUUUUAAUGCAUGGUUUUUUGGGCGUAUAGAUUAAGAGGAUCGUUCAAUUAGAGAAAAUAAAAAAGAAUUAGAAUUUGUAAUUCAUUCUGAUUCUGAUCAUUCUAUAUUGACACAUGUUAAUUAUUAUGGUUAUUAUUCAUCGCCUAGAGGAUUUGAUUUUGAUGUUACUAAUCCAAACAGAUAAUAAGUUACAGAUUCUAAUUUAUAAUCUAAAACUGAAGAAUUAGCUUCUUAUUUCAAUAAAUAAAAAAAUGCAUAUAAAGGAAAAAUAUUAGCACAUACUCUUGGAAUGGAUUUCUAAUGGUCAGAUGCUGCAUCAUAUUUUAAUUAAAUGGAUAGAGUCAUGAAUAGAGUUAAUAAUAAUACAGAAAAAUAUAAGAUGAUUAUUUAAUAUGGUACUCCAAAAUAAUACAUAUAAGCAUUAUAUGAAUAAAAUAUUACAUAUCCUUCAUAAAAAGAAGAUUUCUUUCCAUAUGCUGAUUAUCCUAAUUAAUAUUGGUCAGGUUAUUUUACAAGUAGAUCAGCAUUCAAAGGUUAUGUAAGAAGAAUUGGAAGAUACUUUUAAUAACUUAAAGUAUUUUAUUCCUUUAUCAAAAUAAAUAAUUUGUGUAAAUCUAUUUGUGAUGAUAAAAAUAUUAAUGAUUUAGCUGAAGCAUUAGCUACAGCUUAACAUCAUGAUGCUGUCACUGGAACUGCUAGACAAUAUGUUAAUAAUGAUUAUAUUAAAAUGAUUAAAAAAGCAAGAUAAAAUAUGGAUAAAUAAAUAAGUGAAUUACUUAAUCAUUUAUCAAACACACAAUCUAUUACACAUACUACAUGCAAUUUUAAUGGAACUAAUGUUUGUCAUUCUUUAUAUGAUUCAUUAAUCAAAAAUUAAACUGUUAUCCUAACUAUUAUUGAUACUAAAAUUAAUAAUGAUGGAAUCACAGAAUAUCUUAAAUUAUACGUACCUGAUAAUUUAUAUAUCAGUGCAACUGAUCCAUAAGAUAAUCUUAUUUCAGGAGAAAUUUUAUGUUCUGGUGGAUAAUGUAUUCUAUACUUAUCUAGAACUAUUGAUAAUUCCAAAAUUAUUCACUCUUAUAAAUUAAAAACUGUCUCAUCAUAAGAUGAGACAAAUAUUCAUACAAUUCAACCUGAAUAAUUUAAUGUUGAUCAAGAUACUAAACUUUUUAACAAAUUUAAACUUAAUUAUAAUUUCUAUUUUUCUUAUUCUGGUGCUUAUGUAUUUAGACCAGAUGGAAAUUCUAGACCAUAUGGUAAUUAUGUUAAAGCUUAAAAAUUUAAUGGUAAGCUUGUUAAAUAAAUUUAUAUUGAAAAAACUGCAAUUAAAGCAUGGAUUACUAAUUUUGAUAAGAAUGAAAAAAUAUUUUAUAUUGAUACUUUUGUUGAUUCAAUUGAUAUUUCAGAUUAUAAAGGAAAAGAAAUUAUUCUUAUAAUUCUCACUGAUAUCAAUAAUCAAAAAGUAUUUUACACAGAUAGUAAUGGUUUAUCAUUAUAAAAACGAUAAAUUAAUCAUAGAGAUUCUUGGAAAAUGACAGUCUUAGAACCAGUCUCAGGCAAUUAUUUCCCUGUUAAUGGAGCUAUUAUGAUUCAAGAUGAAUAAUAAGCAUGUGCAUUGCUUAAUGAUAGAGCAUAAGGAGGUAGUAGUCUAACUAAUGGAGCUAUUGAAUUAAUGUUAUAAAGAAGAUUGAAUAAUGAUGAUAAUAAAGGAGUCUUUGAAAGACUUGAUGAAUAAGAAGAAGUUGAUAAAAAAAGAGUUGGAAUGAGAUAAAUGAUGUCACAUACACUUGUUUUCUAUGAUCAUUCAUCAAAUUCUAAUCUAUUAAGACAAUUAUAAUAUCAAUUAGAUCUAAAACCAUUAAUUUAUUUCUCAACCUAAAAUUCAAUUAAAUAUUAAUCAUUAGAAAAUAAAUUUGCUGAUUUCAUACCAAAACUAUCUGACUAUAAUCUAUGUAAAUUCUACAUCGAACCUUGGUUAGCUGAAAAUUAAUAUUUAAUAAGAGUUCAUAAUUUUAGGGAAUAAGGAAUCUAAAAACUUAAUUUCCCUCCCAGUUUAAGAUUCGUCGAAACUACUCUUACUGGUAAUUAAGAACUUAAAAAUUGGGAAUUAAAUAAAUUUAGUAACUAUAUUAUAUAUAUAAUUAGGAUGGUCUGACACAUAUACUAAGGAAUCCCAAGAACAGAGUUAUGGUGAUGAUGAAGUAGGACCGAUGAAAAUUAGAACAUGGAUUGUUACCGUAUGA